CCGCGCCGCGCGGGGCCGCGCCGGGCUCCGCCUCAACAGCGCGGCCUCUCCCGGGCGGGCCGGGCCGGGGCCAUGGGGAAGAAGCAUAAGAAGCACAAGUCGGACAAACAUCCCUACGAGGAAUACGUAGAGAAGCCACUGAAGCUGGUGCUGAAAGUUGGAGGGAAUGAAGUUGCUGAGCUCUCCACUGGAAAUGCAGGACUUGAUUCCAGCCUCUACGAAGAUAAAUCAGAACAUGAAAAACACAAGGACAGAAAAAGAAAAAAGAGAAAGAAAGGAGAAAAACAAGUUCCUGGAGAAGAAAAGGAGAAAAGAAAGAGAAAAGUUAAGGAGGAUAAAAGGAAACGAGAUCGAGACCAUGGAGACAGUGAGGGAGAACAGGAAAUGAAAUGUCAGACCCCGGUCAGAAUGGAAUUGUCACCAGAGAAACCACUGACGAGUACUUUAUCAAAGCAGGAAGAGGUGGAACAGACACCCCUUCAGGAAGCUCUGAAUCAACUCAUGAGACAGCUGCAGAGAAAGGAUCCAAGUUCUUUCUUUUCAUUUCCUGUGACUGACUUUAUUGCCCCUGGCUAUUCCAUGAUCAUUAAAAACCCAAUGGAUUUUAGUACCAUGAAAGAGAAGAUCAAGAACAAUGGGUACCAGUCCAUAGAAGAAUUAAAGGAUAACUUCAAACUGAUGUGUAAUAAUGCAAUGAUUUACAACAAACCAGACACCAUUUACUACAAAGCUGCAAAAAAACUGCUGCACUCAGGGAUGAAGAUACUCAGCCAGGAGAGAAUUCAGAGCCUGAAACAAAGUAUAGAAUUCAUGGCUGACCUGCAGAAGACAAGGAAGCAGAAGGACAAGACAGAACUGCAGCAAACUGGGGAAGAGGAAAAUGGUCCUGGGAAAGACAGAGCAGAACCUAUGGAUGGUGACGCCAAAGCAUUCAAAACACCUAGCAAAGAGCACAAAAAGAAGGACAAAGACCUGCUCGAAGACAAAUUACGAAGCACCAGCUUGGAAAGGGAACAAGAGCAGAUUGAUCGGAUUGUUAGGGAGUCUGGAGGCAAGUUAACCAGGCGCCUUGCAAACAGCCAAUGUGAAUUUGAAAGAAGAAAACCAGAUGGUACAACCACUCUGGGCCUUCUUAAUCCAGUUGACCUUGCUGCAGGAGAACCAGGUUACUGCCCUGUAAAGCUGGGAAUGACAGCAGGAAGGCUUCAGUCAGGAGUUAAUACAUUACAAGGGUUCAAAGAAGAUAAAAGAAACAAGGUUACUCCAGUGGCAUACUUGAAUUACGGCCCCUUCAGUUCCUAUGCGCCAACCUACGAUUCAACAUUUGCCAACAUAAGCAAAGAAGAUUCUGACUUAAUCUAUUCAACAUAUGGGGAAGACUCUAAUCAAGGAUCUUCCAGUAUUCAAGAUUUUUUUAUGAAAUCCCAGGAUUAUCCUCUCUUAAUGGCUGAUAGUUUGCUUGAUGUUCUAACUAAAGGAGGACAUUCUAGAGCUCUCAGAGAACUAGAAAUGCCAUUGGAGGAAGCUGAAGGCCCACAUGAAAGAAGCGAUGCAAUGAAAGAUGUAAAGAUUAUGGAAAUGGAUAUUGCUGCCAGGUUGGACGCUAAUAGCGACAGACUUACAGCUCUAAAAGCAGUUACAAACUUUGGCAUGCCUAUAGAAGAGUUUGAUUCUGAGGAGGCUGAAAUCUUCCAGAGGAAACUUGAUGAAACAACAAAGCUGCUCAGAGAACUCCAGGAUGCUCAAAAUGAACGACUGAGUACAAAACCACCCCCUAACAUGAUUUGUCUUCUGGGUCCAUCUUACAGAGAAAUGCAUUUGGCGGAGAGAGUAACCAAUAACCUGAAAGAACUUGCCCAGCAAGUGACUCCAGGUGAUAUUGUCAGUACCUAUGGAAUCCGGAAAGCAAUGGGAAUCUCGGUUCCCCUGCCUGAGACAGAAGACAACUGGGUAGAUCUGACAGAGGACUUUGAAGAGCCUAAGAAGACCAUCACUGUCCCUGAAAAUGAGUGUGGUGCAGUUACAGGCUGAAGAUUCUGUUCAGUUUACAGCUGUUUGUUUGAUUUUGUUUAAGAACCAGGUAAACGUCCUUCAGGUGCAUUCACCAUGUGUGUAUAUUGUGUGUUAAACUAAUUUUGUUUAUUAAAUUUUGGAACUGAUGGCUUUUGAAGGGUUUGUAUUAGUUACUUCUGCUACGAUAAAGCACUAAAUUAUUCUUUUUGCAUUCUCUAUUAUUUUUAAGCUCCUCUGCUGCAUAUAAGUUUUCCUAGACUACCAAGUAUCUGGAAAAGUCAAAGCAUAAUUAAAAUGUGCCUAUAUACCAUGCAGGGACUCAACCAAAAGUUUCUAGAAGCAAUGUGUAGACUUGUCUCUGAGUCUAGUUAGUGCAAACAUCAUUGGUGUCUGAACGUACAACUUCCCUCUUUUUAAAAUUACUGUGCAACUCUCAUGAACAUGAGGAAGAGAAAUAAACUUUUUAUAUAAAACUGA